AUGAUGGCAGCCGAUGCAAGCUUUCCACCUUUCUGCGAUUCAUUCGAAAAAUGUCUUCACGAGUUCGAAACGCUUGUGGGGGUCUUGUCUGAGAAAGACUGUCGUGUAGUAAACCUGAAGCUAAUUGGCCUCCACGAGAUCAAAGAUGAGUACGGGAGAUUCGUGGUUUGGGGAAACCAGAUCAAAGCCCGACUCCUUGCCAGGGCUGAGGGAUCCCUGGAGGAUACUCUCCGGCACAACGAAGUGCUCAAAAGGUUGGUCUGCGAGUGUGUCAACCGUCUCGAGACCAUCAUUUGUCAAGGUACCAAGUCUCGUUCCUGUUGUUACGUAACGGCAGUCGCCAAACCAAAACACAACCCUGCCGUUGAAACGGAGCCAGAUUCUGUCAGCAGUGUCAGCACCGAAUCAGAUUCUGAUUCUGAGGACAAUGAGCAUCAACGACAGAAGGUGCCAAAAAUCCGAGUCCUUGUGGAUUUGAUAGUGCAACACAUCCGAAGCCUCUACGAAUUCGCCUCUCUGCCCCGUGGACCCCAGCUCGCGCGCACACCUGCGGGUCAGAACACGGAUGAAGAUCUUAUAGUAAAUACAAUGCAGCUCUGGCCCAUCUCAGCCAAUCACAGGCGGGGUACUGGGCUGCAGAGCGAGGCCAUGGCAAGAGAUCCGGUGGAUGAUAUUCAGUGGUUUUGUAAACGGCUUGCAAGAGCAAGCUCAAUACGAAAGGACCAGCUUCGUUAUUGGGUUGACCGUCCGUUGAUUCGUCCGUUUGGCACGUCCAACCAAACGGGAGCUUUGGGACAAGACUCUGUUGGCCCGGCCUUCGUACCCAGUUCUCUCUCGGCUCCUCAAGUCGCAGCCAAGGGUAGUAACAUGUUCCCGUGUGGGUUUUGUGGAAGAGAAUUCGAAUUCUUGGACUGGCAGUCAUGGUGUUUCCAUAUUUCUCGCGAUGUCAGCCCAUACAUCUGUACCUUCGAAAAUUGUCAGAAUCCGGAGAAGCUAUACAGUUGUCGCAGUGACUGGAUUCACCACGAACAACAGGUCCAUCGCCUUGAGUAUGUCUGCCAGGGUUGCAAUGGCAUAGUCCCUACCAAAGAAGAGAUGAUAAGACAUCUCCAAGACCAGUGUGCCAACUCCAUAACCCCAAGCCAGCUGAGCGCUGCCUUGUACUUCUGUGCCCGGCCUGUCAAUGAGCCUAACGACACGAAGGAAUUCUGUCUCAUCUGCAGAGAGGAGUUCUUCUUGCCGGAUUUACGUGAUCAUCUCGCAGGCCACAUGGAGUAUAUUGCGCUACUGUCCUUGGCAGAUUCAGAUAACUAUCACGAGACCCAACUAUCAAAGGCCUGGAUGGAUACAAAUCCACAUAUUCAGCCUACGGAGAACAACAAAGCAAUGCGAGAACUUCGAUGGGCUCGACAGGACACCACUAGGCCACCUCCUAUCCUUUUUGGAUAA